AGUUUUGGAGAGAGGUGGUAGUGAUAUACGGCUUAUACGUUCAACUUAAUGUUCUCAGUCUCAGUCUUUCGCUUUCUCCAGUUCCAGGAGCUACAUAAUCGUUUUAUAGUGUUUGUCACGUGACUUAAUUUUCAAAUUUGGAACCUUAAACUGGUUACAGCAAAAGUCACGAAUGACAUUAUAUUAUGGAGGGCUUUUAAAACAAAACAUAUUUAAAUAGACAUAUAAAUGUGUAUAUAAAAACACAAAAAAAAAAAAAUGCAGAGACAUUUGCCUGACAAUUAACAUAACUAUCUCCAUUAUGAGACACAAAGAAGAAAAUUAUUCUUGGUGGCCUUUUAAAUGAAAGACAAAAAAAGAAAGAAGAAGAAAAAAAAAAAGAAAAUACUUGUGUAUAAUAAAUCAAAUGUGACGAAAUUAUGGCUAUUUUAGCUGGAUCAUUUGGUGCAUUAAAAGCGGCAGCCUUAAUAUUUGGAGUGGCAAAACCAAUAUUUAUUUCAAUUUUAAUUGCCAUUAUCACCUAUUAUAAUUAUGAUAUGGUCGAUCCUGAGAGACAUCCAAAAGUAACGAGAAAUUUACGAAAAGAAUAUGAUUUUAUUGUUGUUGGUGGAGGGUCAGCGGGUAAUAUUGUUGCCAAUCGACUAACUGAAAAUCCAAAUUGGAGUGUACUUCUAUUAGAGGCAGGUGGUCACGAAACGGAAAUUACUGAUGUUCCAAUAUUAUCACUCUAUUUGCAUAAAAGCAAAUUGGAUUGGAAAUAUCGAACGCAACCACAAGCUUCCGCUUGUCAGGCAAUGGUUGAUAAGAGAUGUUGUUGGACAAGAGGAAAAGUAAUUGGUGGUUCAAGUGUAUUGAACACAAUGUUGUAUAUACGAGGGAAUCGUCGAGAUUUCGAUCAAUGGGAAAGUUUUGGAAAUCCUGGUUGGGGAUAUGAAGAUGCACUCUAUUAUUUCAAAAAAUCAGAGGACCAAAGAAAUCCUUAUUUGGCACGAAAUAAACGAUAUCAUGGCACUGGAGGUUACCUCACAGUACAAGAUGCUCCGUAUAAUACACCGUUAGGCGCUGCGUUUCUGCAGGCAGGCGAAGAAAUGGGUUACAAUAUUGUCGAUGUGAAUGGAGAGCAACAGACCGGAUUUGCCUUCUAUCAAUUCACCAUGAGGCGUGCAACACGUUGUAGCUCAGCGAAAGCAUUCCUUCGACCCAUUCGACUAAGGGCUAAUUUUCAUCUUGCCUUAUGGACUCACGUGACUAAAGUCCUCAUCGAUCCAAUAACUAAACGAGCUUAUGGUGUUGAAUUCAUCAGAGACGGUCGAAGGCAAAUAGUUUAUGCCAAAAAAGAGGUCAUCCUAUCGGCUGGGGCCAUUAAUUCACCACAACUAUUAAUGUUAUCGGGAAUUGGACCACGUGAUCAUCUUCAAAAAAUGGGCAUUAAUGUUAUUAAGGACUCUCCUGGUGUGGGCCAAAAUGUACAGGAUCACAUUGCAGUAGGUGGAUUGGCAUUCUUAAUAGACUAUCCAAUUAGCAUAGUAAUGAACCGUUUGGUAAAUGUCAAUUCGGCUCUUCGUUAUGCAAUAACCGAAGACGGGCCAUUAACAUCAAGCGUUGGUUUAGAGGCAGUUGCAUUUAUAUCGACAAAAUACGCAAAUCAAAGUGACGAUUGGCCAGACAUUGAAUUUAUGUUAACAUCAUCGUCAACAAAUUCUGAUGGUGGAACACACGUUAAAAAUGCUCACGGUCUAACUGAUGAAUUUUACAAUGAGGUAUUCGGUGAAAUAAAUAAUCGCGAUGUAUUUGGAGUAUUUCCAAUGAUGCUACGACCAAAAUCAAGAGGUGUUAUUAAAUUAAAAUCAAAAAAUCCCUUAGACUAUCCGCUAAUGUAUCAUAAUUAUUUAACACAUCCAGAUGAUGUUAACGUUUUACGUGAAGGUGUAAAGGCAGCUAUUGCUUUUGGUGAGACGGCAACAAUGAAACAAUUUGGUGCAAGAUUUCACAAUAAACCAAUACCAAAUUGUAAAUAUUUACCAUUGUACACUGAUGACUAUUGGAAUUGUGUUAUUCGACAGUAUACAAUGACAAUUUAUCAUAUGAGUGGUUCUACUAAAAUGGGACCACCCAACGAUCGAAUGGCCGUUGUUGAUCCAGAAUUACGUGUUUAUGGUGUAUCUGGUUUGAGAGUGAUUGAUGCAUCGAUAAUGCCAACAAUAACAAGUGGCAAUAUUAAUGCACCAGUGAUGAUGAUUGCAGAAAAAGGAUCGGAUAUGAUAAAACAAUUUUGGAUGACGAGAUCUAAAAGAAGUACUUUAACUAAUUUUACCGCUAGUGCCGGAUGACGAAGAUUAUGUGUUAUGUAUUAGUGUAAAUUUAAAAUUUGUACAGUAAAGGUGCAUUUCUAUUGAGCGACAAUCAAAGUGCCAUUAGUUUGUGACCAUAAAUAUACUGCAGAUACUUUUUAUUUUAACGGAUUAUUUAUAUUUUGACAAUAAUAAAGGCUGACAUAAUUGCCUUCUUUAGAACAAAAGAAUCAAACUAUACUUUUUCGAAGAAUUUUCAAUCCGAAUCUCACCUUAGAAUUGUCUUUCGAGGAUAAUUUUUUCAAAAAGAUCGUUACAGCAUCUGAAAGUACAAUUCUUCUGCUUUUAAAUGCAUUUUGAAAAAUCUUUACUUAACUCGUGAGUUAUCGUCAUUUGAAUUUUUUUAAUUUGGUGAAUGUUUCCAUAAUUCUACAUCAGAUAAUGCUUCAAAAAAUUCAAAUGACGAUAACUCAUGAGCCAAAUAAAGAUUUUUUUAAGUUUCAAAAUGCAUUUUAAAGAGUACAAAUAGUAGUUUAAGAUUUAACAACCUUUUAAAAAAAUUAAUAUCUCUUGAUAUAUCAUUAUAUAUGGUCAAAAAAAACGUCUUUUUUGUACUUUUAGUUUAGAAUAUCUCGAAAACCUAAUGUGCUGAAUCAAUUUCGAGAUUAAAUUCGGAUACAAAAUUCUUUGGAAAAAUAUAGUCUGUUUCUUAGUUCUGAAAUAGGAGAAAAUUUUCUCGGCCUGUGUAAAAUGAAUAUACAUUUUUUCGAUCAUUUAGACUAUCACUGAAAGAAAUAAUUCGAAGACGCAUGAACAAGUUCUAAAAUUAAUUUGUUGGAAAAAAAUUGACAAAAUUCUUUUUUAGCCAAAUUUUCAUUUAUACAAACUGCUUCGAAUUUAUUUUUGCCUGAAUUAAUGUAGACUGUAAAAAUUCUUAUUAAAAUUUGAAUUUAAAUUAUCACAAAUUAGUUCAAGUAAUAAUACUUUAAUGUAGAAAUUCGGUUAGAUUGGAAUUUCUCUGUAUAUUUAUUGCCAUAAAGUAUAGCUAGUACAACCAUACGAAAUGGCGAUAGAUAUUUAUACAAAUUGCUAACAUAACCUUACUUUAUCAUCAGUUCAAACAAAAAUAAACCAUAAAUAAAUAUAACACUUUCCACCAAAGCAUUUCUUUCGGUGUUUAUUAAAAAAAUACUAAAAUCAAUAGCAGAUCAUAAUCAAAAAUUAUAAACGUGACCACUUGCUCGACCAGUGAACAUUUCUAUGUAAAUAUUUCGUUAUAUAGUUUGUCUUGCCUUGACUUUAUUUAUUUUCACUUUUUUUUUUUUUA